GAGAGGAAUAUGCUGCUUCGCCGCUAAGCGUUCUUAUCAUCUUAUACGAUGAGUAUGGGGCUAAGGCUGAGGAACAACGCAAGGUCCUCGAUCGUGAGGUCGUCAGGAUAGAGGAUAUGACUGUAAUGACCUCGGCGGCUAUCACAGCGCAAGUCCUGACUGACGCGGAGUAUGAAAAGUUGAUUCGGGAUAUGCAUGCCUGCAAUACUAACCUGAUCUUCUUGAGCGAUCUCAUCAACUAUGAAAUCGAGCUUGGGCAAUUUUUCCUUGAGCUCUAUGACAUAUUUGAAGAUCUUCGACGGAGAACAACCCUGCCUGAGUUCCAUAGCGUCCCGGAAAAAGACAAUCUUCUCCAGUGGUUGAAGUUCUUACUCAAACUCAGUCGCUUCCGGCAUAACCAAACGCAAGCUCUACGAGCAAGGAUCCAUAGUCAAACCAAUCUGCUCUACAAUUUGAUAUCCCAGAGAGAUAGCAGAGUGAACUCCACCAUUGCGGACGAGUCGAGAGGGAUAGCAAAGGCGGCACAGCGAGACAGCAAGACCAUGAGGACAAUUGCGUUCAUGACGUUGGUAUUUCUACCGAGUACACUUGCGGCGAGUGUUUUCAGCACUGGAAUAUUUGAUCUAAGCAAGACAAGAGGAAGUGGUGAAACCGUAGUGGCUCCUUUGUGGUGGAUAUUCGCUAUCGUCUCAUUGCUCCUUACGACCAUGGUAAUUGUAGCUUGGUUUGUUUGGGAUAGACUAAGUGCUAGAGCCAAGAGCGAUUAGGCAUACGAUUGAGGUACAAAUAGGGCUUGCGUUUUCCAUCUUCAACAAUUUGGGCCAGUUACAGACUACUAUCAUACGACCAAGCUUAG